GACGGUUUAAUUCUUAACGACUUUCCAUACCCAUUAAUUCUUGAUCUAACAAGAAACGUCUUAGUACCGCAAUAUGUCCACCCCAAAAAAUAUUUACUCACCGCUACCGCAGAUUCAACUGAAGGAAAUCAGA